AUGUACCUCGAAGUCAAUUGGAAGUACGAUUGGCAACAGACUGAGAAGCGCGUGAUUCGCGCACGCUUCUCGUACAAACACCGGGUGUUUGUAGAAGGACUUCUCGUCCUGGAUUUGGACGACAAGUUUGACAUGAACGCCCCUGCGACCUUCAAUAGAUGCGUGACGCACCUAUUGCGCUCGGUGCGCGACUUCGCACCGAGCUACUUCGACGAUGUGUACGUUCACAGCCGGGCUGUGGACGAGAAGUCGGACAUCGAGAUGCAUAAGGAGCAUCUCCGGAAAUGGCUUGGGCUCAUGCGCAAGCACAAGCUCUAUGCUAACCUGAAGAAGUGCAUCUUGGGUGCGAGCGAGAUACCCGUGUUAGGGUGUCUCGUUGGGAACCAUGGCGUACGCCCUGACCCCGAGAAGGUCAGAGUGAUCAAUGAAUGGCCUACGCCAUCCAAUGUGAACGAACUGCGGCAGUUUCUUGGCCUUGCCACGUACUUGUGCAAGUACGUGGACAACUACGCAGGCAAGAUUCGCCCGCUAUGGUUGUCCUUCUUCGCGGAGUACAACUUCCGGGUCGAAUACAAACCCGGAAGGUUGAACGUCGUCACGGACGCAUUGUCACGACGACCGGAUUAUGCCGUCACAGCCGUCGACGUCAACAAGGUUGACGUCGCUCGUACAUACACACCAUCAUCGUUUUUACUGGACGAGGUGAAGACCGCGUAUGCGCAUGACGCAGACGCGAAGCAGCUGAUCGAGUUGCCCCUCGUCUACGAGCGAGUGCACACCGACGACAAUGCGGAACGCAUUGUCGUGCCGAAUGAUCCUGACCUGCGCAGCAGGAUCAUGUACGAGUAUCACGAUCGAGUGAAACCGGCACCUCACUCGCGGGCUCCUCUGCAACCACUGCCGACUCCGUCGGAGGGUUGGGAGCCCUUUUCAAUAGACUUCGUGUCUGGUCUUCCACGCGAUUCUAGGCGGAAGACUGGUAUCGUGGUAUUUGUGGACCGCUUCAGCAAGAUGGUACAUCUUGCUGCCGUCGCAGCUGAGGUAACUUCCGUACAGACAGCACGUCGGUUCGUCGACAUGGUGUUCAAGCACCAUGGUAUGCCCAACGACUUU